AUGCAGAUAAUAUCCAAUCCUAUGGAUUUGGGAACCAUGGCCUCGCGAUUACAAUCUAGAACUGUCUAUUGUUCGGCUUUCGACUAUUUAUUCGACUUAGCUCUAACAUGUCACAAUGCUAUGCUAUACAAUCCACCUGAUACCAUCUACUAUCAGAGAGCCCGUAAGCUUUUGGCUUUUGGUCAAAAACAACUUGCCCCUGCUGCUAUCCGCAAACUUUGCACUCAGAUCGGCAUUCCAAAUGGCCUGACUUCGGAAGAACUAGGUGACUUGGCGGACCAUCCAGAUGCUGCACUGGCGCGCCUUCCCCAAGGCCUCGAGCUGCCACAGCCACAUUCCCGCUGGUCGACCCAGCGGCCUAGUCGUUAUGGUGGUGGUGGUGGUUACGUAACCAGCACUAGCGGCUUUGUGGACUUUAGCCCUACAAGUUCUCCUCAUCAAUCCACAGCUUUAGUUGGCUCCUCAUCAAACGCCCUUACAAGUUCCACUGCCUAUUCUUCCCCUUCAUCUCCCUUAGCUAUCAACGCCGCUGCUGGAACCUCGCCGACAGCGCAUACAAUCGUCAGUCUUCCUUUGUUGUCUGACACCAGACAGCCUAAAAAAGUGUCCUUAUCUGGAGGCGGCAGCGUUGGUUCCCCAUCCGUUAGCUGCCCUGUUUCUACUCCUCAUUCCAUAUCAGGCAGAAAGCCGACCACUACAUCCUUCUCAUAUUUAACUAAAAUCACCAAUUCUAAUCCUAUUGUAUCAUUUCCCCGUCUUGUGAACUGUGAUAUAAAUCCUAAGGGAUCAGAAGAAGCUUUGACUCAGGUGGACCUUCACUGUUCAUUUGCUCCUGCAAAGCAAUCUAGCACGGUUUAUCAACAUCGGCAUCUUCAUCACCGAAUCCGUCAUCAUCACCAACACCAUUGCAGUCGUAUACAUAAGCAGCAACAGCUUAUUCGUCAGUCUUAUUCUCGGCCUCGUAUCUACCCCUUGAUGACUAGAGACUUGGAGGAUGAAUCUGGAAAGAGAUUAAUCUUCAUGAAAGAAGCGGAAGAUGGCAUAAAGGUCGAAACAAUGAAGCCAGAGGAAGAAGUGGAGACUGAAGACAUGGGGAUCAUUGAGCCCUCCCCUCCUGAACUCUCACCUCUGGAUUCCGAAGGGCAUGGCCGACUUUGUGGUCCAGUUUCUAUAGACAAACCUAAUGUAGUAUCCGAUCAGCCAUCCCUUAUCUUACCCAUUCUGACUGAUCUGACAUCUUCUGUAUUUUCCACUCGUAAAGAGGUAAAUUUACGUUUAGUAAUGCUCGCCUAA